AUGGCAUCCGAUUCUGAAAUGAGCAAUGCCUCUGAUCGAAUUGGAGUUGGUGAUGCCGACUCUCUGGCAUCUACCGCAGAAAGUGAAGAGGAAGCUGAGUAUCUCGUGACUGACAUUCAUGCGGAACGGAGGUUCUACAUAGAACCGGAUUCUGAGGAUGAUGAAGGUAUCUUUAUCACUCAGUAUUUGGUUGAAUGGGCUGGGUACAGUAUGGACAGGUGCAGUUGGGAGCCAAAGGAAAUGUUUACUUCGGAAGAGACCUUAAAUGGCUGGGAAGAGAAGAAGCAGCAAAUCGCCCAGGGCAAGGUGGAGUGCUUCGAUCUCAAAUCAUGGGAGAAGCACAAGGCUUUGGUGGAGAAGAAGACAAAAAAGCGAAAAGAAGACCGAAGGCGCAAACGAGAACAAAGGGCACGGCAGAAAAGCCUCCCUCAGGCUGGGUCAUCUCGACUGGCCAAUCCCGAAAUCGCAGAUACCCAUGAGCCCGAAUCAGGUAUUGCAUCCCACAGUGCCAGUCGUCUAUCCGUCGAUUCCACCGCUUCGGCAUUAUUUGUCCCAGCUGAAACUCCACCGCCAUCAAAACCGGUGGCGUCUCGCCAAUCGCAACAACAAACAGCACCACUGAGAUCAGCUAUGCGCAGUGCGCAAGCAACUCGAAACAAGCCAGGACCAACGACUUCGAUUGCACAAACGCAAACAACCUCAAAUCAGCCUCUUAAAUCGCGGCUUGCUCGCCUCGCAAAGAAUAUUACUACUAAGCAUAAGACCCCGGCGCGCCAGAAAACUCCCCCACAAGCAGCAAAGUCAGUAUUGUCUUCUUUUGGUACAGGGCCGGGGGCCAAGCGCCCAUACCGCGAUAAGAAAUGGGGCGAAAGAGCACCGGAUUUGUCACAGAUGGAGCUGAUGAAGCCUUCUGAGUUCGCACCAAGGAUGAACAUAGGCUCCGCCAUAUUAGCCGUGGGCUCAUCUCUAUCAAGUCCCAAAGCCUCUGAAGUCCAACCUGCUUCUGAUAAUUCAGUCAGCUUACCCGGUCUACUAAAGCCACAUACCGGCCAAGUGAGCGAUAAAGCUGCAAACCAGCCAAAUAUACCUGUUGUUCUCGCGCCCUCAUCAGUCAUGGCUCCUCCAGUGUCUCGAUCUUCGAACAUGGGCCCCACUACGUUGGUUUCCUCGUCAGCUGUGUUGCCUGCCCCUAGUGCAUCGCUGAGUCUAGAGAGACCGGUUGGCCCCGUAAAUUCCACUAUCUCCAUUUCUUCACUAGCUAUCCCAUCAAAGCCCCUCCCACAGGCCAAACUCGCCCAGCCUGCCGAUUCUAUGGAUCCUCUUGUCUCUACUUCCUCGCCGCUAGGGGAUGCUCCUUUGAUAAAUCUUGCUGAGCAGUCAACAUCUAGCGCUACUGCGCCCUCACCAGCUCCUCGUCCCCACCCCCCAUCACAUGCCAGUAUCGACAGGGUCGUCGGUUUUUCAGCCUCUACUAGCUCGGCCUUCCCUCCAGUCGUGCUCUCGGGAACUCGUGCGGAUGCUACUUCAAUGAAACCUGCUGAACUCCUGGGCUCUAACUUUACUGCUCUCUCGCCAGUAAUUCCAACCAACCCACGCGCAAUGGUCAGUCCCGAGAGGCCGACUGAGAAACGAGUAGCUCUCUCGUCGGCAAUCACCCUCUCGAUGGCCAUCACCCUCUCGACGAUCAUCACCAUCUCGACGGUCAUCUCCACGUCGACGAUCAUUUUCACCCCGACGGUCACCACCCUAUCGACGGCCAUCACCCUCUCGACGAUCAUCACCAUCUCGACGGUCAUCUCCACGUCGACGAUCAUUUUCACCCCGACGGUCACCACCCUAUCGACGGUCACCACCCUAUCGACGGCCAUCACCCUCUCGACGAUCAUCACCAUCUCGACGGUCAUCUCCACGUCGACGGUCAUUUUCACCCCGACAGUCAUCACCUUAUCAAGGUUCGUCACCCUCUCGAAGGUUAUCGCCCCCGCGUCGACUAUCAGAGCUCCCCCAUCGGUCACCGCCCCCCAGUCGACUGCCAAGGUCUUCUUUCCAUGA